AUGGUUGCAACCCGCCAUUAAACCAAAAGAAGAGAACUAAUUCAACGAAGAAGAACAUUGCGGAAGAAGACUCGUCGGUCGCCCUUCAGACAGCAUGAGCUAAAGGUGUUGAGCCAUAAAUAUGGCUGCAGGUUGUGUGAGACUGGUACUCUGUCAUGCAGUCAAAACUGUGUACGGUGGCACUCUCGGGUACUGGUCGGCAACAGCACGGACUCUCAUCAAGAGCGAAAACACAUGCAUCUUUGCCAGCGCUCGGGGAUGGUCUUCCUUGGGCACACAAGCGGAUGAUACACAUCCGAAUCCUGCACCCAAGAAGAAAAAAAAGCAGGAUCCUCGGGCCCGGACCACAAUCUCCAGUGUUGGCCGUAAGAUCCCUCAUCCAGAGAUCCGAGUGAUCAGUGAGGCUGGAGAAAACUUAGGCAUCAUGCACCGUGGGGAAGUGCUGCGACGAAUGGAUGAGAAAGGACUCAAACUUGUGCUCCUUGGUGAACAUCAGGACCCUCCGGUCUAUCGUCUGAUGAGCGGCAGACAGAUCCACGAAGAGCAGAUGAAGAUGUGGGAGAAACAGAAAGCCAAAGCAGCUCCAGUGCAGGUCAAAGAGCUCACCUUCUCAUCUGGCAUCGCUUCUCAUGACUUGACAAUCAAACUGAAGCAAGUGGAGAGCUGGUUGGAGAAGAAGCACCAUGUUAAGAUAACACUACGCGCGGGACGCAACACACCCACGAACAACCUGGAUGAAAAUCUUCAGCAGAUCGUGGAACAAAUGGAGGUGAUGGUGGGAUUUGUUUCCAAGCCAAAAGUCAUACGCGACGGUCAAGCUGCCACGUGUGUCCUCCGGCCACCUUCAGCAAAGGAACUGUCCAAAAACCAAAGAGAUCGGACUUCGCUGCCGCAGUCUGAUAGCCCACAGGCUGCCAAGGAUGAAACAUCACCUCCAGUUACAAAAGAGGAGUCUCUGCAACAGUGAGAUGUGAGAACUAAAAAUAAAACUUCUUUGCAAGUACAUUUUGUGUUUGCAUGAUAGAGAUGUCAUGCGGCAGCAUUGAAGAGGAUCAGCAGAGUCAAGUUUGACGUGGUAGGUAGAGUUACUCCUUUACCUCAGUGGCAAUAUCACUGGUAUGUGCAAGUCCUCUCUCUGGAACAAUGCAGCAUUGAUGAUAAAUGCCGAGCACAUCACAAGAUAUGGAGAACACGUCCUCAAUAACCCCACUCAAUGGAAAACUGCACUUUCACCGUUGAUGUAGUACACUGCUGUUGGGGAUGUCAUACAACUUCAUGUAAAAAAAAAAAAAAAAUGUUAACAAUUACUGAAAAAUACAUUUAUAACACAGUUCAAUAGACAAAUAAUAUUUAUUUUGUGUUAUCAUUAUUUUUUCCCCUGACCACACAUCACUGGUCAUGGGGUACUUGAUCAGAGAAUAAAUAUUCACACUGCCAUGUAUCUCGCCUUUAUUCAACAAUGAUAUUGUUUUUGGUAAAAAUAAAGAUCUAAUUUGUCUUACAGAUACAUUCACGUGUCACAGAUCAACGUGUUUCCAUCAAAGAGUCACUCCCACACUUUACCAACACCUGUCUAGCGCUUUCAACAUUAGACACAAAGUCUUGGAACUUGUACAUGCUCUGUCUGUACAUUUCAAAAGUAAACCAAACAAAUAAGAACCUAAGACAUCCAACCCCUCCUCACCUCCUGAAAAUAUAAACUUUCCUAAAAAAAAACAAAAAAAAAAACGAUAAGCAGCUUUAACUAGCAUGCAUGAACAACAUUUGUCAAUAAGCCUCAAGUACUUUGUAGGAGGAGAAGGGUUUAACAAAAUGAUAGUCCAGGUUGCCGCAGUGAGGGCAUUGCUGGACGUUGCUGUACUCGGAGAAAUACUGCAUCCCCACACGGACAUCCACCACUGGCUUCCCGCAGUGUUUACAGUUUAGACGAGCCUGGUGGCACACAGAGGGAUGCAGGUCAGAUAAUGCUUUACCUUGAUGCUCGAGCUAUCAUCAUUUUUGUCACUUCUACUCUACCUGGCAACAAGGUGAAGCAGCCAGGAUGUCGUAGGUGUACAUGGUGCCUAGUUGGUGCCAGCUCCCGUCCCAGCGGGACUUGCACUUGAUGCACACGAUCUUGUGGACACCUUCUAGACAAUCCACACAUAUGGCAUACAGGUGCAUUAACCUGCCUGUUAGAGAUGAAGACAGAUGAUUAGUUGCUACAUAAAAGCACCGGUAAGUGAGUUAGAUGUUGGAUGUUUACCAGACAACACCCCUCACAUUUCAGGCAAUCGUUUUUAUUACAGCGCAGAGGAUUUGCGGCUUUAUGGCAACAUUUUUUUCCCCACAUACACAUCUCAUUCAGCAGAAGUCAGUGAUAACGUAUACAUUUGUGAUAAUACAGUCACAAUGUACAACAUACAUGUUCCGCUGUUAGAAAGGCCACUGUUUUUACAUGUUUAUGUCUUUAUGCUUAGCUGAUGUUUUUUUCAUCAUGCGUUGAGAUUUCGGUCCUUGAACGAUUUCGGUCCUUGAACGCAUCACAGUUGUGUGCUGUGACUGCCUGCAACGUGACUCCCAAUCUGUUCAUCAGUCAUCUUUCAUUAUCAUUCAUUUCUACUGUACAGUAAAUGUGUUUAAUAAGUGUGUGAGGCCUUAAAACUGGAUUGUGUGGCGAGUGAACAAUGGCGAUUGAAGAGAGAAGGGGGGUGAUCUGUAUCUGAAUUUAAUGAUUACAUUUUUAUCACUUUUAUCGCAAAUGUUGAUCUGAAAUCGCAGGAGAACAUCAAUGUCAAGCUAAGUGGUUUUGGAAGCGGGAGAGUGAGCCGCGUGUCAAAAACUUUUAAUGGGCGAUAAAAACACACACGACUGGACUUAUGUGUUAUUGAAUUUGAAGUGAUCUGUUCUGUAUUUUUCUUAUCUCUCCUAUCUUGCCUUGUUUGUUUUAUUUUUAAGUGAUUAUAUUUAGUAUGACGCUUUUGCAGAGCUGCAGAAAAUGUGACUUUCUCUUGGAGAUAAAGUAUCUAUCAUAUCAAU